GUCGGUGUCGGAGGUGGAGAGCAAGUAUUAAGUUGCAUUUGUAGAAACACAAACAGCAGAACAAGAAAAGAAGCCGCAUCAACGACAAAUAAAAAAAUCGAGGAAAAAAGGAUGGCGGGCUCUUCUUCAGCAUCUUCCUCCGCAUCGACGGAGCAGGCGAACCAGGACCGCACCACUUUAAUUUGCAGCCAGAUUUUGGACCCGAGGCUAUUGGUCCUGGAGAUUUUUUCGGGAACAUUGCUGAAGCUUUACGUGCGGGUGCUGGAGGCAAACGACGCGCAGGAGGCUGCGAAGCGUAUUUUUUGAAAUUUUGUGAGAGUUUUCACUUGCAACUUGUGAUUAGGAUUUCUUCCUUGUUUCAUUCUUCUCGGUCAGAUGUAGUACCAUCAAGACCAUCAACUACCAAUACUCCGUCGUUUUCCGUUGCUCCAGCAGUCUGCAUGAGGAUUUUUGCGUAAAAAUCCUAACAAGGUUCUACUGCGUCGAGUGGUUCCCCCGGCGCUGCGCGAGAAGAGGAAACCUAUGAGAAGCGUCGGCGUCGGUUUCGGCUGCGCUUUCGCGCAAUUUCGGAGUACUUGGUACGGCAUUACCUGUUCGAAAACACCGAGGACGCCCUGGAGCCGGCGCAGGAGCAGGAUCCAACGCAGCUUCUGGUCAAUGCCAUGCUUCAUGCGAAGGACCGGAUCACGGGCGCAGCGACCACUACUUCCAGUCAAGAGGGGGCUUGUUCCAAGAAGGACGACGUCGGCUUGAGUAAAGGGGAACUCAAAUACUGGAGCCAGUUGGCACUGCAGGCAGGAAUUCAAGCCAUUCAGGACACGUGGACACCUUUGCGAAAGUACUCAGAAUGCUGUUGUACCUAGUUGAUCAUUUCAUGAAGCGUAUAAUUGCUUUCGCAAAGAGUUGUACAGAAUCAGUUGCAGUAGACAACGAACUGUCACUGUGUACAAUUUUUUCGGAUCGAUGAGCAGGAUUUAAAAAGCUCAAAUGGAAGGGAAAAUGAAAAAGAAAAACAACGCAUCACAGAAUUCGUCGCAUGAUUUACAUGGAGUAUGCCGGUCGGAUCCCCAAGCUCGAGGUCAAGGAGUUGUUUACGUGUUUGUCUCCUGUGAGCGAAUCCGUGGAGGAAAUCUAUGAACUGUAAAUAUGUCUGGGUCUGGAAGAGUCCAAGUUUGUCAUGCUAAAUCUGAUCAACGCAAAAGUCUGUAUUGUGGGACCAGCAAAAGUCCUCACUUUUGGUUACCAGAAGGCGACAUUUCUCAUGCGCAUUCAGCAUUGAAGGGCCUUCUCAAAACUUGUGAUGCUAGUGCUCACAUUCCAGACCUUCUGGCUCAUGCGAAAGCUGCAUGACAAAGCUUGCGUCUUCCAGACCCAGACACUUUUGCAUUUGAUAAAAUCAACACCAUGCUGAUUCACCUGUACAUGCAAUGUUUGGCGUCGCAAAGCUUCGAACCCGCGGCCUUGCAGGAGUUUCUCACCAAGGUUGGUCUUUUUAAUUCUGAGACUUGUCAUGCAUGUUUUGCCUGGGCCAUCAUGUCUGUGAUGCAUGCCCUAGCAUCACAGAUUUUUUGAGGGCCUCGCGAUGCCUAUAAUUCCGCAUGACAAAUGCCCUCUCCGCGUAGCAAAAAUUACACUCCCUUUGCUGCUCAUGCAAUACAGAUUUUUUUGGAAUCCAAACUCAGCAUCACAAGUUGCAUUCUUCCAGACCCAGACAUAUUAUUUUUUAGGAACGGACGGAGCCGUUAAUGCAACCCGCCGAAAAGUUGGCCCAGAAUUGGCCAGAAGUUCUUGGCCAGCGGCCAUCAUUACAGCGACCCGAAUCCAGGCGCCAGCGCGGCGCGGAAUGUAGCCCGAUCGCCUUCUUUAUGCAAGAACCCCAGUUGGCUCAAAUUUUGAGCCGCACGAGGUUCCGCGGGUCCGCUUUCGUGGCCUGUCCAUGUUGUGCAUCGCUUCCCCUUGCGGCAACAUGGGCGCGCCAUCAUUCGAGAAGCAAGUCCGCUCGAGAACUUUGUCCCGCCAAGAUUCCGGCCAGAGAGGGGGGGGCGCGCCGUAUUUUGCCCUGCUCCGGCUAGAUUUUAGCUGCAGGCGCUGUUACUUGGGACAAAGGCGCGGCUACCAUUGCCGGCAGAUCGGCGCCCUUGCUCCCUGUGCCCGCUGGCCGUGCCGGAGCGGAUUGAUUCGGCGCCAACCCAGGCGCAACCUUGCCGGGAAGAGGGAGGGCCCACCAGCUGAGUCCUCAUAUGCGCCUACGCGUGGGGCAAAAAGUAGCACACGAUCCCGCGCGCCUUUUUGCUCAGGAAAAUGUGAAGCACCCACCAAGCCCGCCGCGUGCGCGUCCAACAAACAGGCCGCCCGCAACGUGGCCAGCUGCUUUGUAUAGGCCGGCCGGUUGCGUAGGUCAGUGACUUGCUUCGGCCCGCUGUUUGAAGGCUUCGGAGAGUUCCGGAAACAGGGCGCUCGGGGCCGUUUGACAGGGGCCCCGGCCAACUCUGCAAAAAGGGCCAAAAAAUGAGUGGUCGCAAAAAGUUAGCCAGAGGAGAGUAAAAAAGCUAGCCGGGAGCUCGCUAAAAAGUUAGCCAACGGCCGGAUACAGGUGCGGAGAAUUUUCCGACUUUCUAGAACAAAAGUUGGCCAAAAGUUGGCCAUAGCAUCGCCCUUUGCCGAAAAGCAAAAAUCUGCGUUUUUUGCUUCCCUUCCUUGGUUAACGUCUUGGCUAACUUUUGGCUAACUUUUAUUUUUGCGGCUAAUGCAGGAGUUUCUCACUUUUGGCUAACUUUUGGCUAACUUCGAACCCGCGGCCUUGCAGGAGUUUCUCACCAAGGUUGGUCUUACUUGCAAACUUUUAUUUAUCCCCCAGAAAAAGACCGACAGGUCAUAUUUGUAAUGCAAAAAUAAAUAGACAAAAAAAUCUGUAUUGCAUGCCCUAAACAGGAUGUUAUGGCCUCGCCCAUGACAGAUUUUCCUGUGUAUUUAUUUUUGCAUUACAAAUAUGACCUGUCGGUCUUUUUCUGUGGGAUAUUGUUUUUUGGAAACCUGAACUUGUUGAGGUCUUGGACCCCACGACGAGCAUCUUGGUUGUUCUGUGUCGCCGUCCUGUUCACUUCCUUCUCUAUGCUCUGCCUUUCUGUAUGCACAACUAUAACUUUAACUAUUUUCACUACGGGUUUCUACAUCUACGUGUACCUGUACGUUCAGGUUUCCGCCGCCGUGGUCGACACCCUGCAAGAACACGCCGCCAUGGGCGGUAGUGACGAUGUCAGCCUGGUUCUCGCACUGCACAUGCUCUGCCCAGAACAGCCACAAGUACCGACCGCUGCGAAAAAGCAGGACGCCGAGAGUGAGUUUGUGGAAGAAAAAGUUCGCGAGGCGCUACUCGACGCCUUCCACCAAGGUGCAGCGCUUUCGCUGGUCAAGGGCGCCCUGAGUAGCGACAAGGAAAAGCAAAGAAACAAAUGCCUGAAAAAGCUACUCGCGCACCUCGUGGAAAAGGUAUUUCUUCAUUUUGUGUGCCACAAUGGUAAUGGAAUGCCAUAGAUUCAUGUUGACUCGGCAAGUAGAAGUGCGAACAAGAGCCUCCGGUCCUGUCAGAUUUACAUACAAAAUGAAAACUUAACAUGUUCUGUUGGUAUUGAUCUUAUCACAUUCCAACGACCAGGCAAUUCUACUGGGCAACCACCGGGCAUUGCGGGCAUCGGAAAUCCGGCGUUGGACGUCUUCGGACGUGCUAUUGUGGGCGUUCGAAAUGCAAUUGGGUCUGGACGUGUUUUCCCUGCUGUGUCGCGGCGACGUGGAUGGUUUGCUGCUGUCUACGUUGGAAGACGCCGAUCUCGAAUCCCUCAGCGAGAGCCAGCGUGCCAACUUCUACGCGUGUCGCGACGCAGCGCUAGUGAAAAAGCCAGCAGUAGUUGAAACGAAUUCGACCUCGCCUGGUGGUCGUGGUGCAGCGGCUGCUAGUACACAUCAUCAAAAGAAUCAAGCAACAACGACCUGCUCGUCUCUCGCCGACGGCAGCGCGAUUCUCCUCGGGCAAGUGGGCACCCCGGACGUGGAAAGCACUAACCAGAGGAUGGGGCCCCUGCUCGCGAAAGGGGGUGACACGUCGCCGGAAAAGCUGGCGAAACUGCUGGAGGAACAGAUGUCCUCUAGCGUCGCCAGGAUCGAGGCGGCGGAGCAGGCAUUUUUCCAAACGCCGGAAGUCGGUGCGGACGAGGAAGGUGCAGCAAAUAAUUAUACCGACGCAACAGCUGCAGCUGCUUCGAAGGGUGGAGCUGCAGAUCAUGGCAUAGGAAAUAUUAGCGCUGGAGGUGGCGCAACGACCGACACCGAGCUGCAGUCUUCUAGUUCGUCGAGCGCGCGGGGGCAGCUGCAAAAAUUUCUGUUCGAGCGCGUGCCAGGUAACGUGCAGGAGCUGGUGGACGUCUAUAACCCGCUCAGGUGUUACAAUCUCAAACGUUACAAUAGAAUCUGAGACUGUCUUGCAUGAUGAGCAUGACAGAUUCGCAGAGCUUUCCACUUUCUGCAAUACAAAUUGCGCCAGAUAGUAGUGGCGUUUGAGGCUCCGGAACUUGUCAUGCGCAAUCCUAUGAGAGUUGGCUAGACCAUGCGCUUUUGCAUCACAGAUUUCCAUAUUCUAUUGUAACGUUUGAGAUUGUAACAGCUGAGCGCGUUAUAACGUCGCCAACCAGUUUCUGGCUGCGGAACACCAAGGGCUCGAAACCAAAGACGACGCGGAGGGAGGUUCUUCCGGUCCGCGCUUCACCCCCCGGCUGAUGAUGAACCGGGACCAGACACUGAGCAAGUGGGGCAUCGAGCUCGUGCAGGGCGGCGCCUCCGUUUGCUGCUGCAAUGUGGAACAGGUGAUGGGCUUCGUUUUCAACGCCAACAGCAGUCCGAAAUCGAAAGCCAGCUCGUCGUCCAAUAGAUUGUCGAGCAGUACAAGCGGGACGACCGCUCGCGGCGGCGGUGGCACAACUGGUGGAACUUCUGGUGCUAAAACGGCCGGGGACUUUCUGAAGGAUUUCCUCGUCGCAAAGCAGACCUAUGAGACAGCACUGCGCGAAAAGCAAGAGAUCAUCGAGGUGUUGCUCCAGGAACUGGAAAACGAAAAAAGUAAGAAAGCCGGGGGAGCAACAAGGGCGCAGCAAGAAGACCAGGAGGAAGACCACACAGGGUGGAGUCCCAUCACACCGAAAGUGGGACAGGCCGCCGAGGAGAGCGCAGAUAGUAAUGACGUCUUGCGCCUCCAAGUAGGUGAAGAACAACAGCCACCGACUGCAAUUUCUGAUACGAAGGACAAACCCAUUGUCGCCUCCCCUCCGCCCCUGGAGGACAAGCAAUUGAGCGAGUUGGCGGCGUUGCAGCGAGAGUUUCUGGAUGAGGUUGCGGGCGGGAGCAAACCCAACCGGGUGGACACCGCCUCAUCGGUGACAGAAAGUUUGGAAGAAGUGGAGAAAAGUUUGGAACUCGUAGCUGUCGGCGCCCGGGUGAAGACUUUCAGAAAGAAUGAAGCAGGACCUAGUACAGGAGCAGCGUCCGGGCGGUCAGCCGCUUCAUCUGCAAUGCCCCCGAAGAGCCAGGAAUUGGGUCGUGCGAUGUCCGUCGACGAAGACGGACUACAAUGCGAAUUGGAGUCGCCGCAAAUCAACGGCAUUCUCACCGAGGAGCCUCGGCCGGCGACGAGUCUCCGUCCGGCGGCGGACGAUGGGGCGAGCAGUGUAGGAACGACACCGAGAACGCAGGGUCCUGCACGCGGAAAUACAGUGCUGAAGAAGAACAAUUACAUGCAACAAGAGAAAAAUCUGCCCCGACCCUCCCCACCGAAGUUCAUUAAGGCAGAUCCGAUUUCGUCUCCUAUCGAUGCAGCUGCAGCCUCCUCCGCCGCAGCGACACCGCUGUCAGACAUGAAAAUCGCUACCAAAAGCAGGAAGAACAAGGACAGCAGUAGUACGAGCCAACCGCCACCGCCUCGCAUGCAGAGUCUUAACUUUGCGGUGAACGCAGCAAGUAAGCUGAAGGCGUUUCCGAAAGCGGGCGGCCUGGUCAUGGCCCCGCCGAAGCCAUCGCCACUGCUGAAACCGCGGCCGUUCCAGGGCGGGAGCCCGCGGAUCUCCAACUUCGCAGCGGACUCGACCCUGUCUCCGCGGAUCGAGGGCCGCGACGUCGUGCUGCAAGCAGGUGGCGUGAUGCGCUCAGCUUCCUCGUCCUCAACAUCACAGGCGGAAGACGGCGAAACAAGCGGAAGUGUGCUUCGCACGCGCGGCUUUCACAUCCGGUCUCCUCGGUCAGGCUUGCAACUAGCUGCGGCGCACGUAGCGCCGACGCGCAAUGCACUGAAUUUUGUCGGCGCGCCUCCUCCCAGAACGAACGUAAAUAGCAUGGUCAGUGUGUCAAAGCCGACAUCGGGAAUUGACGAAGCGAGCCGAUCAGUGCCUACGCAGGUCCCUGCGAAGCUAUUGGCUGAGUUGGCCGGCGAGACCUCGGCACUUGCCGCUGGAGCCUCGUCUACAGCAUCGGUCGGGGCGCCUCCACAGGCCGCUGUGGGCAAAAGGUACUUGCUAUCUCUUUAUUCUUUUUCUUAACGAAGGAGUGCAUCAUAAAGUCAGUGGGACUAGAACUAGAAAGCAUGCCGUAGAUGAAAUGCUCUGUAUGGCAUCGAGAUCGAAUGCGAAGACAAGUACAAUUGUCUAUGUCAUGAACAAAGAGUGAUUUUCAUCACAGGCCUCCGUCUGGACGUAGCCAGCAGGUUCGAUCUCGCGAGAACAGUAAGCAGUCUUCUUCCGGGGCGGGUGGAGUGCAAUCUCCGAGUCUUGGCGCGAGCCCCGAGGAUGCCGGUCCAACUUCGGAGGCAAUUCUCGCAGCUGCGAAACAAGGCUCCAGCGGUGCAACCGCACGCGCAGGAUCCCAAUCCUCAAAAGAUACGAAAAAUAAGCCUCUUCCGCAAACAACUACGAAGCGGCUUGUCGAGCCUGUCGCAGUCAAUCAAGAGCCCCAGUUGCGAGGACGCACGAGAGCCCCAGUCCACAAUGUCGUGAAGUCCUCGCCAGAGCAAGCUGCGUCGAAAGUGGAAGACGGCUUGAUUGGCGCGCCCAGCACUACAUCGAACAAAUCCGCACUGAAAUCCCCGACCUCAACGUCUUCCAAGCUAAGUCAGAGCAAGGAGAGAGCCGCGACGAUGAAAACUGCAAAUGUGAAACAUGUGAAAGUGUUGAGCAAGCCCGUAGUUGAGAUCGAAGAAGACAACGUCCCCACCUCCGCCACCGAAGCCAAUGGCAGCGCAUCAGCGAGUUCCAGUGCGGAAGAGGGAACAAAUGCAAGUGGUUUGACGGUGAAAAAGAUUGCCGCAUCUUCGUCUUCCGGCGCCGGCAAUAAGAUCGUCGUCUCCUCCCCUUCUAGCGGCUCAGCGAACACAGUAAAAAAGAUCCCCCCGCGCGGUGACCGACCUCCAAUGAAACUUGUCGGUGGAGGUGGACAGGGAUCAUAUCGAGCGCAAAUCGACAUGCCGAAUCGCCCGCGACUCCCGCUGCCCCAGGUCGCGGCCAACAUUCGGCACCGCAUGACGUCAAAGUCCCCGGAUGGCCGUCUUUUGCAGUUUCAAGUCGCGAGGAUCUCCCCGCAUAUCUCGCCCCGGGUAAGUCCGAGGAACGCUGCGGUGAAAAUCAAAACUUCGAAGUGAAGAAACAAAAAGAACUUCAAACAGGAGGGUUGAGUCGUCUCUAUCAUGUUGUGUGCGCAAAGAGACUCUGUAGCAUGUUGAGGUCAAGGUUUUUUCCAAGUAGUAGAUGAAAUGGAAUGAUGUUGUCGCCACGCGGGCACCAUCGUCGAUAAUUCACAUCGAUAGGAUAGAUUUGCAAGCGUCCGGAAGCUUUGUCUUUAUGGGCGUGGACGAUGCAGAAUUUUCGCAGGUGAUGAAUAUGAAUGAAAGUCUUCGCCUAAAAGAAUAACGUCCUAAAAAUUGCGCACCAAGUUGGUGCGCAAUUUUGCAGAGAACUUAAUAAAGCUAGACUAAAUCCCGAAACCCGAAAGACGACACCCAGUAAGGAUCCCGAAUCGUGAUUCGGGAAUCGGACAAACAAGGGAAAAGGUCGUAUUUUCUUUCAAAGAUUCAAUCGAAGCACGAGCGCAAGAGCCGACUACUGCCCUAUUGUGGAAAAGAAAAAGAUACAUUCGGAUAUGAUGUGCGGUUGCGGCUACAGGCUGCCGCGGCAGUGUGGUUGUCAAAAAGGAAACUCACGUUGCGAUGUUGAAAGUCAAAUAAGACUGCAAACUCACGACUUCGCUG